GCCCCGCCUCUUCCCUGAUCGCACGGCCCUCGCUGGGCUUCGGUGGGGUGGGGCUGGCCUGUAGCUGUCGGAAGUGGCGGCUGGCAGCGGGUCGAGCCGCUGCCCGUGACGGCCCGCCAUGCACCCGCGGCGCCCUGAGGGCUUCGACGGCCUGGGCUACCGCGGGGGCGGCCGGGAGGAGCCGGGCCCGGCCGUCAGGCCUCUCGGCGGAGCCGCGGAGAUGGGUCACUGGGUGACCACCCCGCCCGACAUCCCCGGCAGCCGCAACCUGCACUGGGGGGAGAAGACUCCGCCGUACGGGGCCGGGACGCCGCUCGGGGCUGCCGGUCUCAACGAGGAGCCUGGCCUCGGGGCGGGCGGGCCCGGCGCCGAGCAGUUGAACAGGUUUGCAGGCUUUGGUAUUGGCCUUGCAAGCCUAUUUACAGAAAAUGUGUUGGCCCAUCCUUGCAUUGUUCUGCGUCGUCAGUGUCAGGUUAAUUACCAUGCUCGGAAUUAUCAUCUCACUCCAUUUACUAUUGUCAAUAUUAUGUACAGCAUCAAUAAGACACAGGGUCCAAGAGCUCUUUGGAAAGGAAUGGGCAGCACUUUCAUUGUUCAGGGCAUAACCCUGGGAACAGAAGGCAUCGUCAGUGAAUUCACACCCUUACCAAGAGAGCUUUCACAUAAAUGGAACCUCAAACAGAUAGGUGGACACCUUCUACUCAAAGGGUUAACACAUGUGAUAGCAAUGCCUUUCUAUUCUGCAAGCCUGAUUGAAACUGUACAGAGUGAAAUCAUUCGAGACAAUCCUGGCAUUCUGGACUGUGUUAAAGAAGGAAUCGGCAGAGUUGUAGGCAUGGGAGUACCCCACAGCAAGCGCCUCCUUCCUCUAAUGGUCUUGAUUUUUCCAACCGCUCUACAUGGAGUUCUUCACUACGUCAUCAGUUCCGUCGUCCAGAAGCUUGUUUUGCUUUUUCUGAAAAGAGAGAAUUCCCACAGCCUGCCAACAGAGAGCUCCACUUCUGUGCAGAGCAUGCUGGAUGCGUAUUUUCCAGAACUCAUUGCUAGCUUUGCCGCUAGCCUUUGUGCUGAUGUCAUGCUUUACCCACUGGAAACAGUUUUACACCGCCUUCAUAUUCAAGGGACGCGCACGAUAAUUGACAAUACAGACCUUGGCUAUGAAGUGCUUCCGAUCAAUACUCAGUAUGAGGGAGUGAGAGACUGCAUUAAUACUAUAAAACGUGAAGAAGGAAUGCUAGGUUUUUAUAAGGGAUUUGGAGCUGUGGUAGUACAGUAUACCUUGCAUGUCGCUGUUUUACAGCUCACCAAAAUCAUUUAUUCAACACUGCUUCAAAAUGUUUCCUAAUCUGUUCAGGUGUGGAUUUAGCAUUGUGGAUAUGAUACAGUUCUACCAUAUUGUUAAAAAUUAAGUAAAAAAUGAAGUUGAAAGAAUCUACUCUGUGGAUUCUCCCUACGUAGUAAAGCUUGUUUUAAAAAUGCAAGCUUCUAAGUAUAAUUUGAAAGUAUAGUUUAAAUUGAAAAGGAGAAACCAAUUAAGUAUAAUAUGCAGUCAUGCACAAGGGGAUCAGAUUUCAGAUAUGGCUGGAAUGAUUUACUUACCAGUUAGCUGAACUAAGGAACGGGUAUGAGUUUAUAACCUCUGCUAUAGAAACAUCACACCUGAUAAUCUGGACUGCUAGGCAGUUUGAAGAAUUUUUUUUUUUUCGUAAGUUGUAAGAACUUUGAAGUGAGAGAUGACUUUACUGGUCUUUUUAAAGUGUUUUCAUCUUCACUUUUAGUGGGCCUGUGAAUAAAAUAGAACUGUAAAAGUAACUUAAAAAGACACAAAUCACUGAAAUUACAGGUAUGUAGACAUUUUGCUGCAGUGUAGCAGAAGAUGAAUCUUUUGCUUCAUACAAAAAUAACAAAAACUUCUUUGGGGAUAAAAUUUCACAGAAUGUAAUAUCUAGCUGUCUUAUAGUUUGUUCACAAAGCUUACAGUACUAAAGCGUGUGAAUAAAGCAAAUUAGAAACCAGUGUGUGCAUGUGUAAGAGCCAUUCUUAAUCAACUUUCUGCUGGUAACUUCAGUUAAGUUUCAUUCUGCUACUUCAUCUAACAGAAUAUACUUGCAAAUGUGUUGAGUGUCAAUGUUCAAAAUACACUGAAAGCAUAAGAGAUUAACUGGCUGUUUUUAGAGUUCCUUUUGUUAGAUUGGACGAGUAUAUACAAAAUUGCCUACUUAAAGUUUAGCACUGAUGUCCUUUGCUGAAGAUCUCUGCUGGAUUAGAUAUUUCUGUGAAGCAGAACAAAGUCUGUUCAUGUGCAAGUAACUACUGAAAUGUAACAUUUUUCCCCUCUUCCCCCGUUAAAUCAAAGCUGUUGGUCUGGAAAUUAGUUUUUGUCAUCCAAAAUAAAUUACUCCUUUGUUUCAUCAAUAAAUAUGAUGAAGUUUUGGGGGAGGGCGGGGUAACGGUGGGAUGGUUUUAGCAAAUACAGCAAGCACGUGGAGAGUCACUUCUAAAUUACGUGAAAGGUUAAUAACCUUCUUCAGACUUUCUUGUGGCAAGUCUUUCAAUGCUGUAAAUUGAUGUUCACUUAAUCUUUAAGCAUUGUAUAGUGUUUAUUGUUAUGGAAAAUAGUCAUGGCUAAAUAAUGAAGUGUUGCUAUUCGUAAGCUCUUGAAAUCAGUUGCAAGUCUGCAUUAUUGUUACAGGAACUUUCAUGUCUUUUAAAUACAUAAGUGCUGAAGUGGAAAGUGCAGUAAAGUUGGGAACUGGUUUCAUUUUGAAGUAUUGUUAAUUGGAAAUCUAGUGUAUAGAAUGGAAGCAAUCAAAUAAAAUGAGAAUUCACUAAAUAUUUUGAAGUAAUUCACUGGAGAGGCAGAAAAAGGAGUACUGGUUUGUAUGUUAUAUUUUGUUGUAUAUACACUCUAGUGACUGUUGUAAAUUGCUCAAAUUUCCAAAGUGCAAUUAUAUGUUGAAUUAGAACUACAUGCUAGAGCAUGGGUAAAACACUCUAAUUUUAGGGUUUUUUUGUUUUUUGUUGUUGUUGGUUUUUAAGUUUCUGUGAAUAUGAAGUGUGAACCAUAUCAGAGAAUCAUCCAGUUCGGAAAGACAGGUCAUCUAGUCCAGGUUUCUGCCCUGUGACUAAGAUCAUGUUGGAGACCAACACUGCAGAUCAGUCUAUGACAUUGGACCAAAAUGUUUUUCUAGGAACAGAAGGACAUUUUGUCAUAUAAAGGCAUGCCUUCCAUUUUGUGUAUUCUCGCAGAGGAAAGAUAGGACUGUUCUGAGCACUCAUGGUGUAUUGUGCUAGAACAUUAACUUGUAUGGAAGUAUCAAACGUGCUCUCAUUGCCAAGAGUUUACAGUUCUACUUCACUCUGCCAGAAAAGGGUGUAGCAUUAAGGAGAAUGAGAAGGUGCUGUCGACUUUCUGCGACUGUUCUGUAGUGGCAAAGUAAUUUGCUUCAGGCUGUUAAUUUUGGUCUUCAUCCCAUCAAUUACAAUUAAUAUAUUUUGAUUCUUAAUGUGCAUGUGCUUUACCUUCCAAAAAAACUAAUUCAUUGCUUUAUCUGAAGUUGAAUUCUUACCCAUGCAAAAAAUGUGAAUGAUCUUUUUAACCUUUUUAUUAUAGUAUUGUAAAUAUUUUCAUUUUCAUCUUAAAUCCAGGUUUAAGAGAACAGGUACAUAGUUGUUUAUCUCAAAUGUGUAAGCAGUCAGUGGUUUUAGCAUAGAGCAUUACUGAAAACUAUAAAAUAUUGUUAUAGCAAGUGAGUUCACGUUUUUGGAAUAUGAUAGAACAGUACAUUCUCUUCGUACUGAUACAAACUCAAUUACUUUCUUAUAUGUUUUUUUCAUUUUUUUCAGUGC